GUAUGCUUAUCGACGGUCAUAAGUGGGCUUGCGAAGCCUGCAUACGCGGCCACCGAGUCUCUAGCUGCAAGCACCAUGAAAAAUUCCUUUCACACGGAUACCGAGUUAACACAGCCAGAUCGACCGUUGAUUCGCAUUAAGCGCAAGGGGCGCCCCUUUGCAACUUGUUCUAUAUGUUGCUCGACGCCAUGUUCGUCGCCAAUGGAGCAUGCGCGAAUCAAGCGCGAUGCAGAGAUCAAGACUCCAAAUUCAAAAGUAACGCAAAUACACAAAAGCAAGCCUUUCUCGCUUCCGGAAAGGCUGGUCGCCAAUCAAGGAAGAGAUUCUGUGCGGACAGCCGGAAAAGCAACGCAUGGUAGACUCUUCCAGCGCCAUAAGCCAGCCGAUUACCUCCCUAUUGCACCUCGGCCAUUGGAGAGGGAUGAUUCGCGUCGCUUGUCCUCGACGUCGGCGUCGGCUUCAGGGCCCACAUCAUCUUCCCAUACCCCUGCCCAGGAAGGCCUUUCUUCUCGACGCGAAUCUGCGAACGAGAUAGAGUGGUCUGGCUCAGAGGGGUCUGGUACUGGGUUGAGUCGUGUGCUGUCCUAUGCAGAAGGUCUCAAUGUUUCUAUUUCUAUCACCUGUGCUGAGUCUGAUCAUUCACCGGCAUGCUCUGCUCCAGAUCUCACUCUGGAUCCUUUCGUUUCUGGUACUAUAUUUGAUCCGACGUACUCCAUGAUGCCUUCUUUAUCUGUCUCGGAGGCGCGUGUAUCUCAGACAGGACCUUUGAUUAGCCCACUCGAAGUGAAUCAGUUUGAUUUUCCUCUUGAUCCUGCGCUGACGCUUGAUGGAGACUUGGGCUAUUUGGAGGAUAUAGACGUGAAUAUCACAGGGAGUUUGUCGGAGGAGAUAUUUCAGGUAGAGGAUUGGUCACGGUACAUGUGGUCACCAGAAACUGGCUUUGAGCAUUUAGAUACAGUCUAUUCCUCGGCUCAAUAA